CUGUCCAUACAAUGGCCCUCUGCACUAGAAGCUUCAAGCUCUCCUCCUCCUCUUCCACUACUUCUUCUGUUACUGCAGUAACUAACUAUUCCAAGUUUUCUUGAUCCAUCAAUGGCUAGUUUGGGUUCCAUUUCGAUGAAAAAAUUGUGGGUUUUGUUGGGUUUUUGUUGCUUUGCUUUGUUGUCAAUGGUGGAUUUGGUUAGCUCUUCAUCAUCAAAAUUUGAUGAGCUUUUUCAGGCUAGUUGGGCUAAUGACCAUUUCGUCUAUGAGGGUGAUGAGGUUCUUAAGAUGAAGCUGGAUUACAACUCUGGUGCUGGAUUCCGGUCAAAGAGCAAGUAUAUGUAUGGAAAGGUUACAGUUCAGAUCAAGCUUGUUGAGGGUGACUCUGCUGGAACUGUCACUGCUUUCUAUAUGUCAUCUGAUGGUCCAACCCACAAUGAGUUCGAUUAUGAGUUUCUUGGCAACACUACUGGUGAGCCUUAUUCUGUUCAGACAAAUUUGUACAUCAAUGGUGUUGGUAACAGAGAGCAAAGACUGAAGCUCUGGUUUGAUCCUACCACUGAUUUCCAUGCCUAUUCCAUCCUCUGGACCCCUCGCAAAGUCCUAUUCUUAGUAGAUGAGACACCUAUAAGAGAACACUCUAACCAGGAGGAUAAGGGCAUACCAUUCCCCAAGGAUCAACCUAUGGGAGUCUAUAGUUCCAUAUGGAAUGCUGAUGAUUGGGCCACACAAGGUGGUAGGGUAAAGACUGAUUGGAGCCAUGCACCCUUUGUAGCUUCCUAUACGGGCUUUGAGAUCGAUUCUUGUGUGGUUCCUGCAACAGUGGCAGCAGCAGAUUAUUCUAAGCAGUGUAGCAGCAGCAAUGAGAAGAAGUAUUGGUGGGAUGAACCGACAAUUGGAGAGCUUAGCAUCCACCAGAGCCACCAGCUCAUUUGGGUUAGGGCCAACCAUAUGUUUUAUGAUUAUUGCACUGAUACUGCUCGGUUCCCGGUUGCACCUCUUGAGUGCCAGCACCACCAGCACCGCCACUAGUGCCACCACCGCUCAGCCAUUCUGGUGAAAAAAGGGGUUCAUAGUAGACUGUAAAAAUUUUAGUAUGAAGGCAUUAGUGCCAAAUAGACAUGAACUCCAUCAUGUUACAUAAAUCUUCAAUCAAUCACUUGUUGUUUUGGGCAUGUAAGAUAAAUGGUUGCUUUGAUUAUUCAUUAA